AUGGAUAAACUAAAUAUAUCACUUGAAUUUUUAAAAUUACUUUCAACAACAUCAUCAAAAAUAUUAAUAAUCAAAAACAUCUCAUGCCCUAUUCGGCAAAUAUGUUAUCCCAUGGUUAUGACACGUUUUCUAAUGACAAAUGCAAUUAAUCACUUAUUUGAACAUCAAAAUCAAAAUGCUAGUACACGUUUAAUAAUUGAUUAUCUUAGUUUAAUAAAAAAUCUUAUUCAAUUACUUAGUUAUUCAAAUUUAUUUGAUUUAGAUGAAUUCUUAAUUUCAACCCAAAUUGGUUCUAUAGAAGAAAUUCGUGUUAGUGAAGCCUUAAAAACAGGAAUUAAAUUAUUAGAAGAUUCUAUUCAACAUACUACAAGUUCCUGUAUUCUUGCUAAAGUUAGUCUAGCUCAAUUUAUAGAUGAUAUUGAUUUUCGAAUAUUAACUUAUCUUGAACAACAACAAAAACAAUUAAAACAAUAUAUCCUGAUUGAUUGUCAAGCUGCUGUACUCGAUUUACUUGUUCAAUUACUUUUAAUUAGUGUUAAUUAUGCGGGUCGGGUUCGACCCUCAACGGGUCGGCAUUUUAUUUAUUGUAUUGCUGAAUUUCUUGUUAUGUUAUCACAUGAUACACUUCAUUCAAAACAAGUUAUUAAAAUACAAGAUUUAAUAAAACAUUAUGAUUCAUUAUUAGCAAGUGGACAUGAACCUGAAACACAUGGUAGGAAUUUAAGUGAACGUUCUAAAUUAUUAUCAUCAUUUUAUAUCUCAUUAUUAUUACAAUGGAUACAUAUUCUUAAUAUGCUUGAUUAUACACAAGAAGCAUGCUGGUCACCAAUAUUAACACCAUCAUCAUCAAGAAUACAUUUAUCUAUCAGUGGUUAA